AUGGACACGCCGCACAGUUCAAAGAGGCACAGGAAGAGAGACUCUGAUCUGCUCGCAGAAGUGCCCGACCAUGCUGUCCAGCUCGACUCGGAGCAGCUGUCUGGUUCAGGCACCGACAGCCUAUUUUCUCGGAUCGUCCUAGGCCCGCUAACAAUGAUCUCCUUUCUACUUUCUCUUUGUGUCGUUGACAGUCAACAACGUGCGUGGCGCGUCGCGCAACGAUCCGACAGCGAGCCGUGGCCCUGGUGGAAGAAAUUGUCGCCCUGGACGUGGUGGAACGCAGAACCCUAUCAGUCUCCUCAUGACACCACCUGGCAACAUGCUGUACCAGCCACCAUCUCGUCCGACGACGGCGCAGAUGGGACCGUUCCCGCUCCUGCAGUGGACACAGCACACUGGCAUACCCGUAAGAAGCACAGAAAGAUGGCCAAACUCACCGUCUCGGACGCCAUCGAUAUGAGAGAGGGCAUGGCGAAGACGUUGGUCACAGCAGGCUUGCUGGGUAUGUUCUGCGUCGUUUGGCUUGCGAAACAUAUAUUUUUCCCGCCUGCCUGA